UUGUCGUUUCUGCUCCCGGAAGUCAUUGGGCGGAGGAGGAGGAGGAAGCUGAAGUAACUGAAGACUAUUUUGGGCGCCUUUUUCUCAAUUGCCGGGCCCAGAACGAGCCGGGAAAGGGAAAGUGUUGGUUGUUUCCGCCCCCGUUUGAGGAGGAGGGGGACUUCCUUUUCCCCUUCCUCCUCGCCAUGUUGCUGCCGUCAGACGUCGCCCGGUUGGUCCUCGGCUAUUUACAACAAGAAAGGCUUUUGGCCACUUGUAGGGCCUUUAUAUUGGAAAGUUCAGAUUUAAAAGAAUAUGCAGAACACUGUACAGGAGAAGGUUUUGUCCCAGCUUGUCUACUGUCUCUUUUUGGAAAAAACUUAAUCACCAUUCUGAAUGAAUAUAUAGCAAUGAAAUCAAAAGAAGCAACAAACGAUGUCCCAGCAAUGAUGUCAUCCUUAUGGAAAAAGUUAGACUACACACUUUCGCAAAUCAGGAGCAUGCAGAUGUCUAGUGGAUUUGCUGCUCAUCAACGAAGCCGCACAAGAUGUGCAAUUGCAGAUAUGAAAAAGCAGAAGUGUCUUCAGCAGACGUCAUCAAAUGUAGGGGUGACACCUGUUGCUCCAGGACCAGUGAGUUCUACUCCAAUGACAGCCACACAAGUUAUUCUUAAAUCAGUUGUAACUCCAAGUUUGGCUCAAACUAGAAUGGGUUCUUCAUUUACACAUCAGGUCCAGGUUCAGGAAAGCCAUGUUAAUGCAGAUUCUCUGAACUUGGUUUCUACCUUUCAAGAACGGAAGCUUCCUUCAGCUGUGAUGUCUCCUGUAAAAAGGAAAAAUGAUUCCCAGAAGAAAAAAACUUUAGUGUCAUCUGAAUCACAGUCAUCUAACUGCGACUCACAGGAUUCCCUCACACCAGAAGAAGAAAGCUCACCCAUGGAAGAGGAAAGUGAGCAGCUCGAACUUAUGGAUGGCGGCCUUCCUCAAAUGAUUAUUGAAAAUGCCAGAGAGAAAAUCCUAAGCAACAAAUGUCUCCAGGAGAAGCUUGCUGAAAAUAUUAACAAAUUCUUGGGCAGUGAUGGUAAUAUUUCUCAGGUUGUGAAGCAAGCAGAGAGUGGCCCAGCAAUACAAGAGUCUUCAAUUGAUGAAUUCCUUAACCUCCAGCAGGGUGAAAUUCACAUGACUGAGGAAGCUAUCCAAGAGAUUCUGGAGCAAACUGAAUCAGAUCCUGCAUUCCAAGGGCUCUUUGAUGUAUUUGAUUUUGGUAAAACUAAGGGGAGUAGAAAUGCUAUUCAUGGCCUUUCUACACAGAAUGGAGAAGUGGAAAAUGCAAUUUUGGUGGAUGAAGAAAACCUACAAGCCCUUGAAUGUUAUAUUGCAACAAAGGAGCUUGGUGAUAAUCCCCAAGGGUGCCUGUCAUACCCAGGAGACAAUUCCAAAGAGGCAAGCAUCCUGAAGACUGAUGGUAGCGGUAGCAAUGGGACCUUGGAAGAACGCUUGAAAAUGGAAGGGGUCGUAACUGGAGAAUUUCCUGGGAGUGCUAAGGAGACAAGCAACAAUGAUUCAGCUGAAACAGAAACAUGUGAAUGUCAAAGUACCUUUGAAUCUGCCGAUAAUCACUUUACUCACAUAGAGUUCAGUGGUGGCCACCACGUAGGAUCUUACAACCAAGGAGAAACUGCAACAAGAGACUUCAGAAUAGAGAAGGACUCGUUAUGCCAGGAUAUUCAAACCUCACCUGAUUUGCAGUAUGAUCACUUAGUUACUCCACAGAUACCACUCUCUGAUAACACUGCGUGUAUUUCAGUAUCAGAGAAUAUAUCAUCUGAAAAAACAAAUGCAAAAUUGCUCAUUUCUCCAAGAACUGGUGAUAGUGAAAUUUUAACAAGAACUAAUAUAGUCAUUCCUAGUCAUUCUGCAGAAUUUGUGAAAAGUGUGGAGCAGAUAAGCGAGCAAUCAGCUGUGUUUCCUGAACCUGACAAGCAAAAUCAAAGCAACACAGUUCUCUCUCAGUGUGAAAGCCAGGAGAAAUUCGAAUCCGAUUCUACCACAGCACUUGGGAAUACGUAUGAUCCAGAUUCAAUAGAGGUCCAGCUAGAAGUUGUAGAUACUUCCAACUCUUUUCAUUCUAAUGAUCUGCCUGACCAUCAAGAGACUUGUCCUGAACAUCAAAUGCAGACGUUGGAGGAUUCAGGGACGUCACAGGUAGACAUACAAGAGCCAUCAUCCUCUACAAAGACAGAUGCUGACAGUGCUUUUCUGGCUUCUGACAGUGAGAGGCCUGCAGAAAACCCCUCUACCUCAUCCACCAUGUGCCCUUCUCCUACUGUAGAGCCAAUGGGAGAAUCAAGUCCAGGUAACAGAGUUGGUGCUAGUGUUUCAUCUAGCACUCAAUCCGCAAGUGUUGACCCCUCCAGUAUAGUUUCUCUUAAAAUUAUUAUCAGUGAUGAUCCAUUCCUUUCAUCAGAGACUGAACUGAACAGUGCUGUUUCCAGCAUCACAGGAAAAAACAUGCCAACGAUCAUAUUGUCUUCUCCAGCUAAAUCACCAGCUAAAAUAACAGGAUCAUCCAAAUGUGUAUCUUCAGAAGAGGGCGAAAGGAUUGUGGAUGCAGCUUUGAUAGAGCAGAAUCUUCUCGUUGUCAGACCUCAAGACUCAGUCGCGAGGAAACUCGAUGUGCAGAAUGAAGAGUGUACUGUUGUUUCCAUUUCAGGAGGAUCAAAUGUUGCCAAGGAUGGGGGAUUUAUACAGCUGAUGCCAGCAACAACUACACCUUUUACCAACUCCAACAGUGUUUAUAUUGCCACUUGUGUGACUGAACCAGCAGCUUUGAGUACAAGUGUUACUCCAUCCAAUUUAGUCAUGUUGUCUGGUGGUUCAACAUCUCUUUCAUCACAAUUCCCAACACCGCAGCCGUUACGGACUCCGCCCAGAACAAAUGGCUUGUUUACCAUGAAUCCAACAAUGUCUCCAAACUUUCCACAGGGUUCUGCUAUUAUAAUUGCUUCUCCUGUACAGCCUGUGCUGCAGGGCAUGGUGGGAAUGAUUCCUGUUUCUAUCAUGGGACAAGCUGGAAGUGCAUUUUCAGAUCCUUCCCAGCAGAUUCUACACCUGCCAAUACAGACAUCUUUAGGCAGUGGAGGCAUUCCUAAACUACCUCUCCCUCCCAAAUCUCAGAGGAUCCCAAGAAAUAAGUCAAAUGCAGGAAAGCUAGUGCUGAGUGGAUCAGAACCUCUGAAUUGCCCUGGUUCCCGAGCUCAAAGAAUUGGCAAUUUGGACAAGAAUGCCUGUGGAGAUGCGAACAAGAAGCUGGAGAUGGUUGCUGUGGAUACCACCAGCCCAAGUUCCAAACAGAAUGAGAGCCACAGAAGAGUGCUGUGCUUUGACAAGGCUCUAGCCAUUCCCGUCGGCAGCACACAAGUCUCGCAGAAAGAAAGGCAGGAAAAUCCUUUGGAUCCUGGAAAUUCUCCCAGUGCUGUGCUUUCAUCUACUAAAAUCCAUUCUAACAAGAGGGAACGUGAGAGAACAUUGCCUAGGAUUUUAUGUAAGCCUAACGUUAGUCACCGAAGUUCUGCCGUGAAGGAAAACCUGUCCGAGAAGAAGGGUUCAAGUCCAGGACUGGCCUCUGAUGUGUUAAGGAAGCAGACAGCGAAUAAAGAAAACGAACUAGAGAGGAAUGUUGACAAAACACCCCAAAAACAGGAGGCAGCAACUUUAUCCAGUGGUCAACAAAAUCAGAACGAGAAGAACACCUCUUCACCUCAAGAACUGACUAAAAAACAAGGCCUACAGGCAAAUACAAAUAGCAAGAAUUCAGGAGUUUUGCCUUCCACGGAGCCAAAAAAAGACCAAACAAAGUCUCCCAACCAAUCUCAUUCUUUGGCCAGUCCUCUGGCUAAGCAAGCUGUGGAGGUGCUCCAUGACAUUCAGAGGCAGAGCCCUGCUAGUAAACUGCCCGAAAGUGUGGACUUGCCGGUGCCCCGCACACCUUCGGGAAUGGGGGAUCGGCACACGGAGGACGCAUUUGAUAUAGUGAGGACACCGACAUGUAGGCGGUACAGCGAGGACAGUACCACCCCGAGGAUCAUGGUCCCUCCAGCCACGCCCGAUCUGCCAGCCUGCAGCCCAGUCAGUGAAACCAGCAGUGAAAAUAGUGUCAGCAUGGCUGCCCACACUUUGAUGAUCCUCUCACGAGCAGCAAUUGCAAGGACUAGUACAGCCCUCAAAGACAAUACGCAAUCCUUUAAGUCUCUAAAAAGUGUGGCCAAAAAAAGGAAGCAGGAAGAUGUGGUCGAAUGUGAAAAGGGUUCCCGUCCAACUAGUAAAAAAGAUCUUCAGAACUUUACCGUGCCGAUAAAAAAGAAGAAAGUAAAGCAGAAGAAGCUACCAAUUGCCUUUCCCGCUGGAAUGGAUGUGGAUAAGUUCUUGUUAUCUUUGCAUUAUGAUGAAUAAAUAGAAAAAUGCUUUUAAUAUCACUGGCACACUCAAGAGGAGAGAACACAUCGAGGCUUUAAGAUGCACAAUCAGUUCAUUGCAAUUCCACUUCUUAAAAGAAAGUCAAGCGGGUUCUUGAACAAGUCGUUGGUUUUUGAAUAAGGGAGCACUUUUCUGGCUCUGUGUUAAAUUUGCACAGUUGUACUUAGUGGGUUGCUGUAAAUAUUGUACAGUUGUUAAUGUUGUAAAACAACAAGAUACUACUUUUGACACCAGGUGUUGGUUUUUUUUCUGCCAAAAUGUGCACAUUACGAGUUUCAACAGUUUUUUAUAGUGUGAAGCAUCCAUAAUCCUAAAUAUGCUCCACUGAAUGGUGGAGCUUAUACUGAAGUUGGAAUUGUUCCCAGGACAGACUCUAACCAAGCUUUCAAUGGUUGGUUUUAGUUGAAGAACAGAUAAGAGUUAAUAAUUUCUCCAAGCCUUCAACAAACAGCUGGGAAAUUUCUAAAUGUGGCAACACUCCCCCUUUUGUAUUGAAGAUAUUUUUUCCUGUUCGCCUUUGCCCUGUCUUCUCUCUAAGUUGCAAUUUUGUUACAAUAAAAGUUUUCCAACUUCCUUACUAUCUCUAAGAA